AGCAAAUGGGUUGAUCGCUCUGGCGUAAUGCAAUAGCCUUUUCUUACCAUAUUUGUCCCGUAACCUGAACUUAUUUACCAGUGAGAUUGGAAAUACUUGAAUUUUUGACCUCGGUUACGCAAAAAAAAGAAAAAAAAAAAUGAACAUCUCGCAGGGAAAAAAUUCAACAAUGGCAACAGAAGGAGACCCGCGUUCUUUAUUAACAAUAUGUUUUGAAGCUUCUGCUUUGGGCAUGAUAAUAUUCGCAGCCGUGAUCGGGAACACAUUAAUUCUGGCUUCUCUGUACCGUUUCACCUGUCUUCAUACUAAAACGAACGCAUUUGUGCUGAACCUGGCCAUCGCAGAUUUGUUUCUCGCCGUCUUCGCCAUGCCGUUCACGUUGGUUUCCUCCAUAAAAUACGAGUGGAUCUUUGGAAAAGCCAUGUGCCAAAUCGUGGGUGUUUUAAACUCUGUAUUCUGCGAGGCUUCUAUCAUGACUCUGACCUUUGUAAGUUUGGAGAGAUUUAUAGCGAUUGUGUAUCCGCUGAAAUACGAAACUCUGAUCACGCCAAAACGUGUGAAAUUUGUCAUUGGUUACAUUUGGCUGCAAGCGGCUCUGUGCGCUUCUUCUACGUUCAUAUUCGCCAAAUUCACCUUCUUAAAAUUCGAGUCGAUCUGCACAGUGGACUGGGGUCGUAAUAUCGCUUACACACUGGUCUUCGCGAUUGUGUUUCUGUACGUGCCUUUUCUUGUGACAGUUUUUUUGUAUUGUGUUAUUCUACAAACAGCCAUAAAGCAACGAAGACGAAUCGAGGUCAUUAAGGUUGGGGAGAUUACAACAGCGGAGUCCGGUUCAAAAAGGUCAGCAAAAAACGGUCUAAAUAGCGCCAAAAAGACAGCGAAGGAACACAAGGCUACGGUCAUGAUAGCCCUUGUGGUCGGAACCUUUUUCAUUUGUUGGUUUCCCCAUUCGAUCGGUGUAUUUUGCCUUCUGGACCCGAAGUGUAAUUUCAGUGACUCUUUUUACGUAUUGACCACUUGGUUGGCCAUGUUAAACAGUGCUAUGAAUUCCUUAAUCUACGGCCUGAUGAACCGAAGUUUUCGACGCGCUUUUAAGAGUUUGCUUUGCUGCGAAAGAUAUGUUGGAAACGCAGACUUAGUAACAAAUAUUUUACAGGAGAAAUCGGGUAGAAAAAGCUAUGGAAAUGCGACAAGUUAAUAUUAUAAAUGCAAGUAAUUACAAUCUAAACAUCCACCAGCUUGCUAGUGGUUAAAACGGUUAGUUUUCUCGCCUCAACUAUUUUGCAAUUGUAAUAUUUUGUAACAAAAGUUUUGUUGAAGGACUAGCGACGUUUAAACUCAUAAAAUUUGCUACAGAGCAAACAAAUUCUAAUUGCUGGUUUUAAUAAACAUUUUAAAAAAAAUUUAUCGGAUCCUUAA